AUGUCAAACGCAAAAGAAAAUGUUUUAUUUUAUAUUUGUAAGAUCCUGUUUGAUAAAAAAAAUGCACCUAUUGUUGCUAUUGUGCCUAACAUAUGGGUACAAAAUUGUAGCAACAUGUAUUUUUGUUUUUGGCUGCCACAAAAAUUUCAAGUAACAAAAAUGAUAAAGUCGGUUGUUUUACCAGACGAAGAAACAUGGUUUCAAUAUCCUUGCGAAAUAUUUAAAACAUUUGGAACAUAUGAGGAAGCUAGAAGUAAAUCUAACUACAACUUUGAAGGUCGAAACUCUGGAAAACAUGCUUUCAAAGAUUUGAUAAUGUUUAGCAUUCUACUUGAUGUAACUAUGAUGAAACAUCCAACAGGAUCCGAAGAUGUGAUUGGAUGCAGAGUUAAAAACUGGUUACGCUUAGCACCAACCCGGGACAAAUAUAAAAAAUAA